AUGGCGUCCACGGACAUGCAGGAGAUGUACACGGGUUAUGACAACUCAGGCUACAUGGGUGUGUAUCCACAAUGGCAAGAGCAGUGGAACUGGGGCACGGAUGCAACCGACUACACAACAGGAGAGCAAUUUUGUGGCAAUGUGGCUUUCUUUGUUCAGUUCCCCGGCAUGGUUGGUGGAGUGCCAAUGGCAAACACAAACACCAACCAGGAGAGUUUGGAGACUUCGCAAACAACUACAUCAAAAGGCAACUUGCAUGAGAUGGAAGCCAAGAUGGCGAAACUCCAAGCCGAAAACCAGAGGCUCAUGCACCUUUAUGAGACCGAGCGCCAGAUGAGGCAGAUCGAGGUGCGCGCUAAGCAGCAAAUCCUAGAGAUGUAUGCUGUACCACGCUCAGAGGUGGAACAAUUGGUUCGACGCUUUCAGGAGGACAGUCCAACUGCCAUGCACUAUGGUGAGACUACCACACCCUUUGUGUCCGUGUCAAAUGCCAGCACCAGGGCAGGAUCGCCUGGAACCACAGGAACCUCAGCCACAUCAUUAGAAACCCUCCUCCAAGAUCUCUACAAGAAGCUUUAUGAGCCCGACGGAGAACGCGAGACUCAGGAGGAGUCUGGCACCAGAGAUGAAGUUGGCAAGGGGUCUUCCAUGGUCAAAACCGAAGAAGAGGAACAGGAAGAGCUCAAGCAGCAGCUGUCCCAGUUGCAGAACAUGGUAGAGAUGGAGGUUGAUGAGCGUGCUAGGGCAAGUUUGUUGAGGAUGUCACCACAACAGGGAAAGAUCGCUCUGCGCAAGGAAGUCAUUUCCAUCCUGCGCCGUGUUGCCUCUGCCCUGUGGGAUGGGCUGGAUGGACACAAGUCCAACGAACAUUUGGACCGUGCCUUGUGGGAUGUCUUAGCUUUCAUCAUGGUUCUAGCGGGCUUGAUGGAAUUCCACAAUCGCUCGCGGAUUGCGCUGCUCACGAAUUCGGAGUCCAUGAUCCUGAGCUUCCGAAGGCUGCUGAGGGAGAUGAGUCAUUUGUUAGUCCGAGGCGACGCGGAGGAGGUGUUGUCCAAGUGCCAUCCAGGACAGCGGGCUAUUGUGUGGUUUGCUGAUGACUCAGUUUACCACGAGCGUUUGAUGAUCUGGAGGGUUUCAGGCACAGUGUGGUACAUCCUCACGCCUGACGGUGAUCUCUAUCAGGAGGACUGGUCAGGGGUUGCCGAUGACGGGCCAGUCAGUUUCAAGGUAAAAGGCAUUGACUUCAGCUAUUACUCUCGAGUGCCUCUCCCCAUCUACCGCUUUUCUUCCUACCCGGAUGACAGUGCCUUCAAGAAGCAUGUUGAAGAAGCAUUGACAGAGCUAGGUGAGUUGGGAAGCGGGGAGUUUUCAUGGAUGCCCCGAAAAGCCAUAGAUAUGUCAGGAAAGGAAGUUGAGGCGAGCGCAUAUUUGGGACGCCUGUUGGUGCCUCGGAGGAUUCGCAGACGCGAUGGUGGAGUUAUCACCGAACCGGCCAAAGCCUCGGAGGUGCCAGCGGGCCACCCAAAAUCUGGGCUCGAGACACCAGCAGAAGGGUUCAUGUGGGUGGCCUCUCAUGACUCCCCUGAUUUUGAUUUGGGGAAGGAAGUCUUUUCUGGAUUAAGCCGUGGAGUCAUGCUGGACUCAAACCAUGGGGCCAUCUUAGGAGACUCGGGAUGGACAACAGUGAAGUUGAUGAAGGUGGAAGAGGUGCCAGGCUUCAUCGAGGAGCGAGAAAAGUUGGUGCGUAGUCGUUUGGAGCUGAGAGGACAAUCCGUCCACAUCGGAGGAGGUGGUGGCAAGAGAAAUGAGGCAGAAGAGGCAGAAGAGGCCUCAGAGGAUGCUCGGACUUUGAGUGUCUUCUAUGAUGACCAGGGCGAACGUUAUCGCUCCUGGCGUGAGGCCACCAAGGACACUCGAGAAUACUCCUACUCCGAUUGGCCGCUGGAGGGUCCUCAGUCCGUUGUCCACCUCAUGAAGUACAUGUUGAAGAAUGGGGGCAGCCCAAAACAAUGGCUACUGGUGUGGGCUCGUCACAAGGGAGUUCACGACAAUGACCGGGUGAUGCAUGAGAUGAGGGCCCUGCUCGAAUGUUUCGAGCAAGCUGGCUGCUACGAUCAGUUGAAUUUGGGAAGCCUGGCUUGCUUUGAGACACUGUGUCGUCGCAUUCAGAGCAUUGUUGAUGCAUACAACAGUGGUUCAGCAUCUUCACCCGAUUGGGGCGCCGCCAAGAUCAUGUCAGGCUACCAGGGGCCGGAGGACUUGGUGUCGCCGACCCUCCGCUCAUGGGCAGCUAAGAAGGAGAAGGAGGAGGUCGAGCUUGCAGCUGCCAGAACGAAGAUGAGAGAGUUCAAGAAGUUGCAAGCGCCCGUUGAAGAAGCCGCUGCCGCUGCCGUCGCUGAGGGCAGCCUUCCUGCAGGCGGAGGAGCCGUGAUGGCCUUGAAUUGGUUGGCUGGCUAUGAUUUUUUGCAUGGCACAGAUGGUGAGCCUGACCCCUUACAAGUUGAGGUUCUCCAACGAAUUCGCGAACUUUCCAAGGACGCUGGAAACAUAGGCACCUUGGGAUAUGUUCCAACUCCAGAGGCAGCCUUGCGAGAGCUGCUCAAGGGAAAAUCGGAGUACAACCAGCCCGAGAUCCCUGUUGCUUUAGCCCCCUACAGUCUCGAGCGCAUCUCUCUACCAGCUUCACUCCAUGACCUUCCAGAGGCCAAGGACUUGCUGCCCAAAGAUGCCCGUCGAUAUUUGUUGGGUGAAGAGCUCAUGCUUAGGGAGGGAGAAGUUUUUGAGUCUCCCCGCCCCUAUUGGGAUCCUGUUUUGGCAAACAACAAACGAUGCUACCGGGAGUUCAUUCAACGUCUGGACGACAUAGGACUUUUGCAGUAUACUCAGAAACCCAAAAACGAAGUUGGCGUGUUUUUUGUGCACAAGAGUGACAAGAAGAAGAUUCGUUUAAUUGUUGAUGCCAGAUCCGCAAAUGCCCUUUUUCGAGACCCUCCGGGAGUUGAGCUUUGUUCAAGUGAAGGGUUCAGCCGAAUUGAAUGUGAAGUGUCCUCUGACGCCAAGCCUGGAAGCCCCGAGUUUCUGGAGGAGCUUAGAACCAUGGAGCUUCACGUGGGCCUUUCGGAUGUGAAGGACUGCUUCCACAGGCUCAAACAACCGAGGUGGCUAAGUGAGUACUUCUGCUUGAAGCCCAUUCGAGCUCACUGGGUGGGUUUGGCCGGCAAGUAUUUGGAAGGGGUUAAGUUGGGUAGCAAUGACCUCAUUUAUCCCAUGCCUGGCAGCUUGUGCAUGGGGUUUUCAUGGAGUCUUUAUUUUUGCCAACAGAUCAACGAACAUCAGUGCGCUUUGACUCGCAGUUUGGGGGAUUCGACAUUGAUCACUGACAAAGGCAAACCAGUCGUCUUCAAAAGUUCGAAGUGUUUGAAAGAAGCAGAGUCCACUACAAGACAUUAUGUCUACGUCGACAACCUUGGAGUCCUGUCGCCUCACAAAGCGGUCGUUGCAACCGCCCUCCAGGAGUUGGACGAGCACUUUGGAGGGCGGGGCUUGUUGCUUCACCCAGGAGAGGUGCACAGCAGUGAGACACGGGCGCUAGGGACUAUUUUGGACGGAAACAAUCUUUGUUCAAAAAUCACACCUGAGCGCUUUCACAGAGUUCGACAGAGCAUUCGAGGGUUACUCAAUAAGAAGCGUGUGACGGGACAGAUGCUAGAGGUGGUAGUGGGGCACGCCACCUUUUGUGCCCUGAACAACAGAAUGUUGCUGUCCGUUUUUCACAGUAGCUACAAAUUUAUCAAGGCACAUUAUUUUGAGAACAGCGUGAUUUGGGAUUCAGUGCGGGCCGAACUGACAGCCUUCGCAGGACUGAUGAUCUUCCUGCGGUCGGAUUGGUGGCGGCCUUGGAAUCCCUUAGUUUGCAGCAGCGAUGCCAGCAACACGGGUUAUGGAGUGUGCACUUCUUUUUGGAGUCUCGAAGAUGUGGCCAGGGUUGGGAGACAGAAGGAGCGUAGCCGGUUUAGGAGAUGCGAGGGGCACUCUGCCCGCGAGUCAUCUCUAACUUCGGCAGGGUUCGUAAAGGACGAGGUUACAGGUUGUUGGAAAACAGGUGAGCUUUCGUCUGAAGACUAUCUCAACUUGAGUGGUUGGCAGAUCGACCAGAACUUUGAAGAGGCGCCGGCCCGUUUGCUUAGGAAAGACAGAUGGCAGCCCAAGCUUUGGGGACGCUGGCGGUUCAAUAAGGGCAUCCUCACCUUGGAGGCGGCCAGAGUGGAGGCCCGGCUCAAACCGGGGAAGUUGACCGUGAACAGUUGCAAGGACAAGAAGGUUCCUGCUUUGAAACCAGCGGAGACCGAAGAGUUUCUGACAACCAAAGGGAGUCUAGGCGCGGUGCCCACUCUCGAGAAUCCUGGCGACGAGCCUGUGGCGGUUCGAGACAGCGGCUCAGUCUCGAGCAGUUCAGACAGCAGCAGCGAUUUCGAACUGGUGCAGAAGAGACGAAAGAACCUACACUCUCGGGCCCGCCACCGGAGAAGAAAGUAUGUGGACUUCCUCAUCGCGGGCAGGGGCAAGAGCGAGCUGACCUUGUUAGAAAGAAAGGCAAUUGGAGCUGCGUCAGAGAAGAUGUACCAGAAGGAGAUGCAGGCCUUCCUCGACUAUGCCCAAUGUCGAGGCCUGGACGUCAGCAAGGCAGAGACAGUCGACAAGUUGAUGGUGCAAUACAUGAACCUGUGUUAUCUGGGGGGCCACCAAGCCUUUGUGGGCGACAGGCUCAUUGCCAGUUGGCUGCAUCAUCACCCUCAAUACAGCAAAGCUGGAGUAAAGAGGAUUCCUCGUGCACUUCGCUGCCUCAAAGGGUGGAGACGCCUCUGCCCCGGAAGGUCCAGGGUUCCUUAUCCUUUGGCCAUUUGGUGCGGGGUAGCAUGUUUGAUGAUGGAGGCUGGCUUUCCCAAGAUGGCUGUUUUCGUCAUGUUGGCCCUGUCUACAUACAGUCGACCCUCGGAGCUUUUGAGAUUGAGGAGGUUCAGCCUGAUCCCGCCUGCCACCGGAGUGACGGGCAGCUGGAGUCUCCUCUUGAGCCCCGAGGAAUUGCAACAAGCCUCAAAGACAGGAGACUACGACGUCAGUGUCCUGUUAGACUCUCCCUAUACAAACUGCUGGGUCACCAAUGUUCUGAAGUCCUUGAAGAAGGGAGCCAGCAGUGCUCGCCUGUGGGACUUCGACUACAGCCAAUACCUGGCAGUGUUCAAGAGGUGCGCCAAGAAGAUGGACAUCCCCCUGGAGCCAUACCACUCCCGGCACAGCGGCCCAUCCAUCGACCGGAGCCGCAAGUACCGGUCACAGCUGGAGGUUCAAAAGCGGGGGCAAUGGAAGAGCAACAAGUCAGUCGUUCGCUACGAGAAGGCGGCAAGGCUGGCUCGAACCUGGGAGCAGAUCCCUACCAAGACCAAGGAGUACUCGCAAGCGUGCGAGGCGGCGUUCGACGACAUCAUGACUGGCCGAAAGAAGACGUUGCUGAUGACCUCGGACUCUAACUUCUGCGACAAGAGGUUCGAGGAAUUGUUGGUGGAGGAUGAGCGCACCUCAGGACAUACGGUCUACAAGGGUAGCGGAGACCCUGUGUGGCAUCUCUUGUUUGUGAUCAUCGAUAGUCAGUUUACAGAGAUUCCAACAGUUCUACAGUGGGUGUUUCUUGGUGUCAUGGAUGCCAGCGAGGAGCAUGUCUCUGCAAACUCUCUUCUGCAGAUUUGCAAGGAGGUGGAGGAGAUGACUUUGCUGGUGGAUGCGACCACACCGUUGCUGGAUGUGGAACAGGCUCACUUGAGCUUUCUUCGUCGACCUGAUAGCGACGAAAGCUCCAUGCCCAGUUUGCGACGCCUCGUUCAACCCACAGAUUGGGGCACUGUUCGUGCCCAGCUCUUGAGUUUCGCUGGGGCAGCACGACACCAGGGCGCUCUCCAAAUGAAGUUGAUGUUGCAGGAUGAUUGCAAGAGACGCCUUGAAGCACGCCGAGUACAGGUCUCUGCAUUCCUUCCACCCAAUGGCAACAAGUGUCCAGAGAUGUGCAGCAAACUGUGCAUGAAACUGGAGAACUUCAAAGCAUUGACGCCUGUACCAAAGCAAAAGUCCCUCGGCUGUGCUUCUGAUUUGUGGGAUACGGGUAUUUUGAUGGUAAAACUCUGGGUACUUUGGAUGUUGCGCCGGCCCAGGUGGGAGUUGCAAGGUCUGAAUGAAUGCCAAUCUGAAGAUUCUGACCAGAGUUGA